UGAGAAGAGGGGACCGCGGGAGGUUCCGAAGCCCGUGCUUGAGGACCGGCGCUGCGAUGUCCUACAUGGCAGCGGCUGCGCGCAGACGAGCGAGCCGUGUUGACUUGCCUGCCUCAUUUAAAUGUCCGCCUCUUGUUCUCGCCGGUGUUCGGUAAUGGUGUCGAUGUUGGGCUCGCGAGGAUAGAACGGCGCGUUUUUUUCCCCUCUUCUUUUUUUUUUUUGUUUUUGUUUUGCUUCGCUCGGAGGCGCGGUUGCCAGUCUGCUGCUGGGUGGUGUAUAAUAAACCCCCCUGGCAGCCGCAGUCUUUGUGCCGCCCGUCAGUCCGCGCGUGGCGUGUCCGUAAACAGACAGAGGAGAAGAGGGGCUUUUUUCUGACACGUCCCCGCAAACCCCGCGUGAGCUCGCCGCGGCCCAUGGCGGCCUGAGGUGCGCAUUUCUUCGGGCUUAAAGGGCAACGCAGACUGAGAGAAGAGAAAAGAGAGGACAGCGGACAGCGGAGGCCCAGCGAUGGGGGGAGCUAAAAGCAAACCCAAAGACCCAGGCCAGCGGUCCCGGAGCCUGGAUGGGACCAUUGGCUCGAUAGGCGGCGGGAGCCACCACCUGAGCCCGGUACAGCAGACCAUGACGCCCAGUCGGAGCCCUGGCAGGGAGGGCACGCGGCGCGGCACCCAGCCAGCGGGCAGCAACGCGGAGCUCGCCCUCUUCGGGGGAGUGGAUCACAGCAGCGGCAGCAGCAUCACUUCUCCUCACAGAGGACCCCUGUCAGGAGGGGUCACCACUUUCGUGGCGCUCUACGACUACGAGUCCCGCACGGCCUCGGACCUGUCCUUCAAGAAGGGGGAGCGGCUGCAGAUCGUCAACAACACGAGAAAGGUGAACUGCAGGGAAGGAGACUGGUGGCUGGCUCGCUCUCUGGCUUCGGGACAAAGCGGCUACAUUCCCAGCAACUACGUAGCCCCUUCGGACUCCAUCCAAGCAGAAGAGUGGUACUUUGGGAACAUCACCCGCCGGGACUCGGAGAGGCUGCUCCUCAGUUUGGAGAACAGGCGCGGGACCUUCCUGGUGAGGGAGAGCGAGACCACCAAGGGGGCGUACUGCUUGUCUGUCCUGGACUACGACAAUGUGAAAGGUCUUAAUGUGAAGCACUACAAAAUUCGCAAGCUGGACAGCGGGGGAUUCUACAUCACAUCCCGAUCGCAGUUCAGCACCCUGCAGCAACUGGUCGCACACUACCGCAAACAUGCGGACGGCCUGUGCCACUGCCUCACGGACGUGUGCCCCGUGCUGAAGCCCCAGACCCAGGGUUUGGCCCGCGACGCCUGGGAGAUCCCUCGCGAGUCCCUGCGGCUUGACGUGAAGCUGGGUCAGGGCUGCUUCGGGGAGGUCUGGAUGGGAACCUGGAACGGAACGACGCGGGUGGCCAUCAAGACGCUGAAACCGGGCACCAUGUCCCCGGAGGCCUUCCUACAGGAGGCCCAGGUCAUGAAGAAGCUGCGGCACGAGAAGCUGGUGCAGCUGUACGCCGUGGUGUCCGAGGAGCCCAUCUACAUCGUCACCGAGUACAUGGGUCAAGGGAGCCUGCUGGACUUUCUCAAGGGGGAGAUGGGAAAAGUACUGAGACUGCCCCAGCUCGUGGACAUGGCCUCUCAGAUUGCCUCGGGGAUGGCCUACGUCGAGAGGAUGAACUACGUGCACAGGGACCUCCGGGCGGCCAACAUCCUCGUGGGCGACAACCUGGUGUGCAAAGUGGCCGACUUCGGCCUGGCCCGACUCAUUGAAGACAACGAGUACACGGCGAGGCAAGGUGCCAAGUUCCCCAUCAAGUGGACGGCCCCGGAGGCGGCGCUCUACGGGCGCUUCACCAUAAAGUCUGAUGUCUGGUCUUUCGGUGUUCUUCUCACCGAGCUGGCCACCAAAGGCAGAGUGCCGUACCCAGGCAUGGUGAACAGGGAGGUGCUGGAACAGGUGGAGCGGGGCUACCGCAUGCCCUGUCCUGCCGAGUGCCCCGAGUCCCUGCACGAGCUCAUGCUGUCCUGCUGGCGCCGAGAGCCCGAGGAGCGGCCCACCUUCGAGUACCUGCAGGGCUUCCUGGAGGAUUACUUCACCUCCACGGAGCCCCAGUACCAGCCGGGCGAGAACCUUUAGAGAGGCCGAAGCCGCAGGCACUUGUGGGCGGAUCACGUUGGGGGGAGGGGGGGGGGUCGGCGCUU